AAAAAUGAUCAAAUUUUCAUUGCCCAUGCAGGUCUUUAUGCCCUUUCAGGUCAAGCAGCAACAUUGGAUAGUAGUAGUAAUUAUGAAUAAGGAGGAGGAAUUUCAGAUUCUUGACUCGUCCUGGAAACUUCAAGAUUAUGAGCCUGAAAUUAAGAAGCUGAUACAUGGGAUUGCUUAUAUAGCGAAGACCGUUCCCACCGCACCACAAAAUGUUGGGUCAUGGAACAUCAUACAGAAACAAAAUGUGCCUAAGCAAACAGAUGGUUCCUCAUGUGGACUAUAUAUUAUUAAAUACAUGGAACUUUGGAAUGGUUCGAGACUUCUAAAAGAGUUUACACAGGCAGAUAUAGACAACUUCAGGAAAGAGAUGGCCGCUCAACUUAUUUUUGCUGAGGCAAAUGAGGCUCUGGGUGUGAAAGAAGCUGUUGAAGCACUCAUGAGUCGGGAGGAUGCAGAUUCUUAGUCUUAGUCUCACUACUAUCUUCAAAUAUGUAGGUUAAGUCUUAGUUCGGUGCAUUGCAUCGGUUUUAGUUUCUAUUGAAAAAAUGCGGUAGUUAGAGAUAGUAGAUUUCAUACAAAGGUUGUGUAUCUGGGAUAUCAGUUUGGGUCGUUUUGAAUAAAUAAUUCACUAUUGUGCAGCAUUGUCGUUUGGAAUGAAU